AUGAACUCAACCAACACCAUCCCCGUGAACAAGCUGGCGGGCACGCGGGUCCUAGUGAUCGGAGGGACCUCCGGAAUCGGAUUCGCCGUGGCGCGCGCAGCGCUCGAGCACGGGGCGAACGUCUUCCUCGCCAGCUCGCAGACCAAAAAGGUAGACGAGGCCCUCACGCGCCUGAAAACCCUAUAUCCAGAGCCGGAAUACCACGCGCGCGUCGCCGGAGGAUGCGCCUGCAACCUCGGCGACCCCGCUACAUUGGAGACCAACGUGCGCAAUCUCCUCGAGCAGGCCACCACUUCCACCACAGGGAAAACUCUCCUAGACCAUAUCGUGUACACCGCCGGCGACGCCCUGAGCCUGAAGCCCGUGACGGACCCGACGCUGACGGUGGCCGGCAUCCACGCCGCAGGGACGGUGCGCGUGCUCGGGGCCCUGAUGGUCGCCAAACAUGCGCAGAGAUACAUGCGCGUGUCAACCCGCUCGUCGAUUACCUUCACCAGUGGGGUGAAUGGACACAGGCCGGCCCCCGGGUGGGCGCUCGCGGCGGCGAGUGGAGGCGCGGUGGAGGGGAUGGCGCGCGGGCUGGCGGUGGAUUUGGCGCCCGUUCGCGUCAACACCGUCAGUCCGGGCGCGGUGUUGACUGAGUUGCUUGAUAACUUCGGGGAUGAGAAGGCUAAGCUGGCGGCGGUGGAGCGGUACGCUGAGGAGACGUUGGUGCGGGAGAUUGGGAGGCCGGAGGAUGUGGCGGAGGCGUAUGUUUAUCUCAUGAAGGAUCGGUUUGUGACGGGGACGGUGGUUCAUUCGGAGGGGGGGAAGUUGUUGAAAUGAUUUUGUUGGGGGUGGUUAUGGAGGAGGGGUGUGUGGAUGGGAG